UUUGAUGGCAGCGCAAGCGUUGCACCUUUAAAAGAAGGUAAUUUAACUGACAGCUUUGAUAAACGUCGUACCUUCACUGUAGCAGCUAGUGUCCCAGAAGAAACAGAGAUCCCUGCACAAAAACAAGAUAGUGAGAGGGAUAAGAGACGCACAUUUAACAUGCCAAGCUCGGAGAACAAGGAAGACCCAAAAACCAAUAUAUCCGAGGCUGAAGAUAAGCGUCAUACCUUCAAUUUAAAAACGGAAGAACCACAGGCAAAUACAUCUGAAGCUGAAAAUAAGCGCCGGACCUUCAAUUUAUCUGCAUCUAUGCCCAUAUCUAAUACCGCAAACAAUAAAGAUGUGAAUAUACCUAUGGAUAUAGACUACACAUUGCCUCCAGUUUCAACCACUGCUGAUAACGAUAUGGAGACAAAACAAGCGCAAACACCAAACCAAUCACCCACAACGACAGUUUAUGGUUCACCUCCAAUACCUACAAUACAAAAUCGCACCACGAAUGCACCUCUUCCAUUAGUGGCAUCACCACCAAUACCAACUUUGCAGAAUCACCAAGGCCACGAGGAGACUUCAAAUGUGCCAAUACCAGCAGCACCAACCAAACCUCCAACGCCCAAACUUCAUAUGGAUGAUGAUGCUUUUAAAGUGCCUCUACCGCCGUCACCAGCAUCAUCCACUGCUUCGCCACCCAUGCCUGCUAUACAAAAACGUCCCUCCAUACAUGCAUACAAGAAUGUAGAAGAUGCUGGAGUCGAAGUUCUAUCAGCAAAGGAACAAACCAAACGUGAUGCCAGUGAUGAGAAGGAUGUGGUUGCUGGAUAUUGUACACCUUCGCCCAUGGAAGAGCAGCCAUGUUCAACAAGCACUUUUGGUAGCUUCGGCGAGAGCCCAUAUGCGGGUGUAGAUCAGCAAGAAUUUGAAAGUGAGGAAUUCCAAAAUGGCAACAAUAUAUUUCUGAAUCCAUCCGACUUUGAUUAUCUACUUACAAAAGGCAAUAACAGCGCGCCAAUUGAUCGUAGUUCGAUUUUAUUGAAAUUCGAUCCAUUACUCGGUGUGCCAGUACCUGCAAAUCAAAUCCAACAACUACCAGCAAAACAAUCGCCACAAAUAUUCCAAUUGCUGGGCAAUAAUCUAGCCAAUCUAGGUCCUACAAUCGAAGAGGACGAACACUCAUCAUCGGCGUCCUUAUCAUCGAAUAGCAAUAAUCAAUCCUUUGUUGUUGAGGCAGAAAAUAAGCGUAUAUCGCUCGGUCUUAACCUACUGAACGAAAGCUGUGCCAACGCGAAGCAAACUUUUACUAAAGUUUCAACUGAAAAACAGCCAAUUAAGGAACAGAAGCAACAACAGCAGCAAGUAGUAAAUUCAAAGAAGCAUGCCAGUAUGAGUGUCGACGUGAUUAAGGAUAUGAAUAUCGAUAACGAUUGCAACAAAUCAUUUGAAAAUUCAAACUCACAAACCGAUGAGAAACAAAUUAAUUACAAGAUGGAUGAACUCGAGAAAAAAAUUAAAAAUGAAGUACUCAAAACGGAAGAUAUCGAAAAGAAACUAAAAGAAGCUGAGCAACGGGAGGAGGCGUUAAUCAAGCGGAUAACAGAAAAAGACAAAACAAUAACAAAAAUGACCGGUGUUAUUGAAGCAUACGAAAAAGCGAUUGCUGAGCUAAUCGCCGAGAAAGAGCAAUUAAUACAAAGCUACGAGAAACAACUGGCGGAGGUGAAGGCGGAUCGCGACUCAAAUUAUCAGCAUCUCACAUCUCUCGAAACGACAUUUGCCGAUCUGCAUGUUAAAUAUGGCAAAAGCAAGGAGAUGACACUACAGCUGAAGUCAAACGAAGAAGCUUUGGUGGCAGAAAAGCGACAAAUACAGGAAAAUUUGCGAUUACAAGGGCAGCGUUAUGACAAAAUGAAGAAUCAUGCGAUGCAACAGUUGGAAAUUGCCAACAAAAAGCUUGAAUCGCUUACCAAGGAGCACAAUAUCGAAACGACAAAACUGAAAGCAUUGCUCAAAAAAGAGGAAAUAUCACGAGCCUCAAUCAACGAGCAGCUGCAACAGAAGUCGCGAGAAAAUGCGGAGUUGGUUAAGAUAUGUGAUGAACUAAUUAAUGGACAAGGAAGUUAAGUGGUUUGAACGCAAGGCGCCCCCCCAUCAAAAUAUAGACGUCAGCACAGCGACCUAUCCACAGUUCUGUCGCAUAGUUUUUGUUGACGUGCAUAUAUGUAUGUACAUGUGUACUCUCGCUCGAUGUACUAUGUGUUUAUUGUAAUUGUAAUGUAAGGCCAAAGAGCGAGCGAAAUGGGGCAUAGCAUUGCAUUACAUUACAAUUAACUGUUAGUUAACGUUAUUUAAGUUGCCUGAUUAGCAUGCAAUGACGGUGGUGACAUAUGCAUAUAUGUAUGUAUGCACGCGUGCGUGCUUUCAACCCACUCGUUGCGCUUAGGAAAUGCAUUCAUUCAGUUCGCAGUCAUUCACAAACGUCUGUGUGAUUAAUUUAAGAAAUUGCUCUCAUUUUAAAUAUAAACUAUAGUUAUUAUAAUUUUUUUCACUCAUUACUCUCCAACGCUUACAUUCACAUCUAAUUUUCUUCUUUUUUACUUCUUUGCUACAUAUAUAGUAAUUGUUAAGUAAUUUUUUGUAUGAAAAUGGAAAAGGAAUAUGUAAGCAAAUGCAUUUUAAAACAACUGCAGAUAACUUCAAUCAGAAAACAAUAUACAUAUAUACAGACAUUUAAUCAUAAAUAUUACCUCGGUACAUAGUAAACAUACGUGGAAGGAGGCAUAUAAAAAAAUAAAAUGAUUAUAUGUUAGUUAUUGUAUGUAAUGUAAUGUAGUUGUAACUGUAUACGCUCUUUACAAUUUGCUUAGGUAUGCUGUGAAUCUACUAAUAUGAAUUUCUCUCUUCAAAGAAAACUAACUGUAAAAUCUCUUUAAAUCGUAAUUUGCUUAUUAAAAUCAAAAUGUUAAGAAUUAAUUUAUACUGAACUGUAUUAAUACGUAGGCAGUUAAAUCGCUUUUAGUUUUCUACAUCCACCAACCGAGACUAAAAUAGCAAAUAAUUGAAAAAUAAAAUCGAAAUAAUUUAAAAGUAAUUGGCAUUUUAUAAAUGCGCUUAUAAUUAUUUUAUUCACUUUUUUGGAUGCCAAACACAUUUUGCUCGAAUAAAACUUGGCAUAUAAAAGCCGAAAAUAAUGGAUUUAGAAUUCAUACAAAAGUAUGGAUCCUUGUUCGUAACCGCAUGCUGCCGCAUAAGUGCAGAGAAACGUUAUCUUUUAUUUCUAAACUAUAAUUUAUGGAAGUGUUCGAAUCUAGGGCCUAAAUCGGAAUUUUACCCAAAUGAACAUUUACAUCAGUUAUAGCUAAAAAUAAUACAAUAGGCCUUUGGUUUGCAGUAAAUAUCGCAGUAAUGCAUUCACGAGCAAGGGAUUAUAAGAGCGCUGGCAUUGUAUUGAAGCAAUAUUCUAGAUUUUUUUAAAUGUGUUCAUCGAAUAAUAAUAAUACUCUGCACAAUUUGCAAGCUCUGCUAUAAGUAAUGCCCCACAUGGAGGGAUUUGGUACGUGCAUUGCAUGCAGCUAAUUUGAUUUGCGCACAAUUACUUUUUGCUGCUGUAUGCUCGUAUUCUCAAACAUUACAAUUACAAACAGUAACUCAUUAUAUACACGCUAUGUAGUCGAAUGAUUUUUCAGCCUUUAUUUUAAAAGCUAUUUUGUGGAAUGUUUCGCUUUCAAUUUUAUCUAAGAAAAAUGAAAGCAGUGUCAUAGCAGCGAACAUUUCCUGGUAGCGGUGGUAUUAAAUUAAAACUUUACUACAAACAUGCUUUCUUGUUUAUACUCGGUGCUAACUCUGCAUCCAUCGUAGGUUCGAGCAUUGGAAUUUAUAAUCUGUAUACUAUGGAUCAGUACUAGCGCCGAAUGUGCAUGAAAAUUCAUAAAAGUAGGCACUCGACCUACAAAUCGCCAGUCAAACACAUAAAUAUCGUGGUUAUCAAUGCAAAAGGCAUAUUUCGUUAGUUUGCUUCCGUGAUGUAUGUACUACCAUAGAAAAAUUCAAAUCCCAAUCUUAAAAAUUACGGGAUUUAUGGUUAAUAGCGCGUAUUUUCAUUGAUUAUGAUAUGUUCUGCAUGUAUUAUAUCUGCAACAAAACAGAACGGAUUGAUUGAUGCAAUGCCGCGCUGCUAUUUUUGUUUAACUUGUUAAGUUGACGUUAUUUCUUAGUUGCUAUAUUUAAUAGAAAAUAUUUCUUUUUACCUUUCGUUGCAAUUGUUGAUUACAAAAUAUCUAUUCUCAAACGUAUGUAUAAUUUUAAGAUCAAUGCUAAAAUUUAAAAAUAUCUUCCAAAUACAUAAUUUACAAC